AUGGGCAGCCAGGAAGCAGAGACCCAGGAGACUUUGCAAACCCCAGGUGGGCUUCUAGAAAAUGGCAGACCAGAAGUUCCCCGUGAAGAGUCAAGUAGGUUUACCAGAGAUCAGCUCUUCGCAAUGGUAGCAACAGCUUGUUUGAACUUCAGUUCAAUGAUUUGCUAUUCAAUCCUGGGACCCUUUUUUCCAAGAGAGGCAGAGAAAAAGGGUGCCAGUGAUACAGUUGUUGGACUGAUUUUUGGAUGCUUUGCUUUAUUCAAUUUCUUGACUUCUUUAAUAUUAGGCAAUUAUCUUGUACAAAUUGGAGCCAAAUUCAUGUUUGUGGCUGGGAUGUUUGUCUCGGGAUGUGUUACAAUUCUGUUUGGUUUGUUGGACAAAGCACCUGAUGGACCAGUAUUCAUUGGUUUGUGUUUUCUGGUUAGAGCGAUGGAUGCCAUAGGCUUUGCUGCAGCAGUGACAGCUUCAUUUUCUAUUCUUGCAAAGGCUUUUCCCAAUAAUAUAGCUACAGUAAUGGGCACUCUUGAAAUUUUUACAGGGCUUGGACUAGUGCUGGGCCCACCUAUAGGUGGCUUUUUGUAUCAGUCCUUUGGCUAUGAAGUCCCUUUCAUAGUGCUAGGAUGCUUAGUGCUGAUCCUGGUGCCUCUGAACAUGUACCUCUUACCAAAAUACGAUGCAGUCGCUAGCAAGGAAUCAUUCUGGAUGCUCAUUACUCUGCCAAAAGUUGUAUUUCUCUGUUUUACUAUAUUUUCACUAAGUGCAUGUUUAGGCUUUCUGGAUCCCACUAUGUCACUGUUCGUUUCAGAGAAGUUCAAAUUACCAGCUGGUUAUGUGGGGUUAGUAUUCCUAGGUUUGGCACUCUCCUACUCCCUGUCUUCACCAUUGCUUGGGUUUCUAAGUGAUAAAAUGCCACACCUAAGGAAAUGGUUGUUAGUCUUUGGGGGCUUACUGACCGCACUGUCCUUUUUCCUGUUAGGACCUGCUCCCAUCUUGCACAUUGAAAGCACACUCUGGAUGUUUGUCCUAAUGCUGGUUUUGACUGGCUUUUCCCUUGGGAUGUCUGGUAUCCCACUGUUCCCUGAGAUGCUGCAUUGUGCUUAUGAGAAUGGAUUCGAGGAGGGGUUAAGUGUGUUGGGACUGGUGUCUGGGCUCUUCAGUGCAAUGUGGUCACUUGGAGCUUUUGUAGGACCAACAUUAGGUGGAUACCUAAAUGAGAGGCUGGGGUUUGAAUGGGCUGCCGCCAUACAAGGAGGAUGGGCGUUAUUAAGUGGACUAGCUAUUGGAAUAUUCUAUAUCAUAGAGGCCUCACGAAGAAGAAGGAGAUCCAAUUUGCAGAUCCCUCUGGGCACAAAUGAAGAAAGAGCUCACCUAUUGGCUAGUGAGACAUAG